CCUCACUCUCCUCGUUCACCGACUCGCACGAGACCCAUCACGUGACCCCACCUCGCUCGAUCGGCGUCAUAGAAGGUACAGUAGCCGGCCCACCCUCCUGCUUCUUCCUCCGCCUACAUCCCUUACAUUACAUUUGCUUGUUUUUCAUCAACCUCGCACGCACGAUUCGCAUCCCACCUCGAAACUCAAUCUGCAACCUGCCUUCCCUACACCUCUCUGAACACAUCGCUCUCCCCAUAUCCUCGGUCGCGCAACUUGCCCUUUGCCCAGAAUGUCGUCGUUUCAAGAGAAGGCCCAAAGCCACAUCGCCCAGAUCGACAAGGAACUCUCCAAGUACCCGGCUUUGAACAACUUGGAAAAGCAGACCUCGGUUCCCAAAGUCUAUGCUUUCCUCGGCCUGAUUGCAACCUAUUUCUUCUUCAUCUUCUUCAACAUCGGAGGCCAUUUCCUCACCAAUUUUGCUGGAUUCGUGAUUCCGGGGUACUACUCGCUUGAAGCUCUGUUCAGUGUCAGCAAGGCAGACGAUACACAGUGGCUCACGUACUGGGUCGUGUUCUCUUUCCUUACUGUGUUUGAGAGUGCUGUGAAUGCCGUCUACUGGUUCCCAUUCUACUACACAUUCAAGUUUAUCGCUCUUCUCUGGCUUGCGCUUCCAGUCACUGGCGGCGCCCAAAUUGUAUUCCGCUCCUUCAUUCAGCCAGUCUUUGCUCGCUACUUCUCUGGAGCCGGCGCGACUGCUGCAAACCUUCGCUCCAAGGUCGACAGUGCUACCUCCGACAAGACCCUGUAGGUGCGAUAACACUAGGU